AUGGGUAGUAAACGCGCAGAGAAGGCGAAAUGCACCGACGCGAAGCGUGCGUACAAGCGCUCCGCGCACGAAAAGCGUCAGGCCGAAUCAAAGAAUCACGCAGAAGACAACGAAAUAGAGGCGCCAUUAAGACGUCAAAUGGCGAGAUCAUUCGAAACCAUGAUGGAAUCUAACAAAAUCUCCGAAAAAAACGGUUUAAUGCACCAGGAGUCUCGGGGGAAGAGACAGAAGACCAGUGAGCUGAGCGUGUCUUCUUCGCAUAGAAAUAGUAAACCGGUAAAUGUGUCCAGUAAUUCUAUCGCUAAGGAGCGAAAGGGCCGCAGAUCCAAAAUUGCGGCGGCGGAUCCCAUCCCAGACAGCGGCGCAGAUGCGGUAGCAAAGGUGAAGGGCAACAUUAAAGCAAAUGGCCGGCAUUCUUUGGGCAACCUCGACACAUCGUCAGUACCAGCAGCGCUUCUUUCUAAAACGGAUUCGCACGAAAAUGCCAUGUCUUAUGAUGACUCCUCUGAUGAAGAUACGUCAAGUCAGAAUGCAAGUAGCGAUGAGGAUUCUUCGGACACAAGUGAUUCAUCGGAUUCCGACGACUCAUCUGAUGUAGGUACAAGUGCCUCCGAUGAGGAAUCAUCUGAUACGGAUGAAAGUGAUCAAGAUUCUUCGUCGAGUGACACUUCAUCUGAUUCUGACAGCUCAUCCGAUGACGAUAAAUCGUCUGAUUCUGACAAUUCAUCUGGUGAAAGCGCAGAUAGUAAUAAGGAUUCUACGUCGAGUGAUGGCACUUCAUCAAGCGAUGAGUCAUCCGUGAGCAGUGACUCAUCCGAUGAGGAUUCGUCUAGUAAGAAAGCAAAACGUAGUAAGGAUUCUUCAUCUAGCGAUGACUCUUCUAAGAGUGAUGACUCAUCUGAUGACCACAACUCACCUAAUGAGACAUCAGAAGGAGGUAAAGAAUCUUCGAGCACCGAUGGCUCAUCUGAUGAAGUUGGUUCCUCUAACGAAAAGGAAGGUGAUGGUGAGGGUAGCUCCCCUGACGAUGAGGAAGAAGCUGAGGAGUAUGACGACAAUGAAUUGGGUGGCGUUGUAAACGACCCACUUGAAACUCCAGACCCAGAUGCCGUUCAGAAGAGCGGCGUGGUAUUCUGUUCACGCAUCCCGCCGUUUAUGAGCAUCAGCAAGAUACGCAGCUAUUUUGGCCGAUACGGCAAGGUGGGAAAGAUAUACGCGGAGCCCGAAUCCAUCUCGUCGUUUAAGAAGCGCGUUAAGCUGGGCGGUAACAAGAAGGUAAAGUUCGUUCACGGUUGGAUCGAAUUUUUGGACAAGAAGGUGGCAAAACUGGUUGCAGCACGGCUGAAUGGGCAACCAGUUGGCGAGAAGAAACGUCACAACUUCUGGCGCGAUGACCUCUGGAACCUGAAGUAUCUGCCACGUUACAAGUUCCGUGACGUCAUGGAGUACCUGCAUCGCCACAAGAACGAGAGGAAGGAGAAGCUGACGUAUCAUCUGUCGCAAUCACGGAAGGAGAACUACAACUACCUAGAGCAGCUGGAGGCAGAGAAGCGCCAAAAGGCUGCGGAGGCCAUCCGCCGCAAGAAAGGCCUGGACGCUUACACGCACAAGCUAAAGCUACGCCCCAAGGAACCCAAGCCAAAACAAAACGAAGAUUCAGAAGCCAAAGUUCCAACGAGUCUUUUGGGUGCGAUUGUGUCGUGA